UCCCGAGUUACAGUUACUUUGUUUCAUUUCUGUGAAGCUCCUAACGAAGCAGAUCACCGACCUCGUUGCUCGUGAAGACUUGUGGAGAGGAGAGAGAUGUCUGUAGCAAGCAAAGAGCUGCAGAAGGCCUUGUGUCGUUACACCUCAGAUACGCUCACCUACGUCCACACGGUGAGGGAGUUCUGUGGGAGGUUCUCUGAAUGGAUGCCCAGGAGGGAGACUGAUGAGUUGAAAAAGAUGAAGGACAUCCAAAAAAGAGCUGAUAAAAUCAGCUUGGACCUGAGCCAUUUCACAAAGUCGGAGGACAAAGGAAAGGCCUUCAUGGAGUACAUGGGAAACAAGUUCACUGGAGACAGCAAGCGCGAGGAGCUGCAGAAGGAGCUGGCCGCAGUGUUGAAGGAUGUCCUGGAAGGUCUGGAGAAGCUGGACUGCUUCCUGGACGCGAUGGAGAAGCUGGCCGUCACCUCUAUGCACGUGUUCACGGAGAACGACAUGUUGAAACUCCCUGAAGAAAUCAGCCUGGCUCACGUUAGGGCCGUCAUCGACGCCGCGCGACGCAUCUGUCCGCUGCUCCUGGAGUUCAAGAGAGACGCAAGCGUCUUCUUCCUCCCAAGACUUCCGAACGCCGAUGUCAUGGCCUACCAGUUGGAACAAUACAUCCAGACCAGCAGGAAGAUCUGUGAGGAGAUGGAGAAGAAGAAGAGCUGCUUCAGUGACUUCAGCCUGAAGACGGUCCAGGAGGUGGCGGUGGAGCUCAGACGGGGUCUGACUGAGAGGAACAUACGGCAGAUGCUUGAUCACAUCAAUCAGCUGGAUGACAUCAGGAUGGACACACACUUCCGGAUGGUGUUCUUGUUCCAGAAGGACUCGUAUCGUGGUUUCAUGAAGGAGUUCAGCGAGCGCGAGCCCAGGAUGCUGCGGUUGCUGACCGAGCUGGAGGGAAACGCGGUUCAGUUGGACCGGAUGAGUAAAGGAGCGAAGAUCUCCAGUGUGGCGGGCAGCUCGGUGAGCAUAGUCGGGGGCGUGCUGUCCAUCGUCGGUGUGGCGCUGAUCCCUGUCACGAUGGGAGUGUCUCUCGCUCUGACCAUGACCGGCCUCGGCUUGGGGGUCACCAGCGGGGUCAACAGCCUCGUCACGACCACCACCGAAGUGGGAGUCAACCGCACGCAGCAGAAGAAAGCCGGGGAAGUCCUCAAAAGCUUCAUGGAGGAUGUGACGAAACUCCAGGGCUCUCUGGAGGAGGUGACCAGACAAGCCAUCUCCAAAAUGGAGGCGACUGAGAUUGAUCCCUCUAACGUGGGAAUGGCGCCUUUUACGGUUGGUAGCGGUUGCAAAAAGAUCCAUUCCUUCACACGCAAUUGCUCGGCUGUCAAGGUGUUGAAGAGUGAAGAUCUGAUCUCCGGUGCUGGUAAAGUUCUGGCUCAGGAGGGUAAAGCUCUACGUAAGGUCCCGCGGUCUCUGGCUGCCUCCAAGAUGGCCAGAUUCGGCCUCGUGUCCAACGUCUUCUUCAUCGGGGUGGAUAUCUUCUUCAUCUGCAUGGACAGCAUUAGCCUGGCCAAAGGCAGCAAGACCAAGGUGUCGCAGUUCAUCAGGGCCCGAGCCGCUCUCUGGAGCUCAGAGAUGAGCUCGUGGAAGAAGAUCCACGACUCCCUGCAUGAAGGGCUGCUGACGUUGCGGAAGAAGAAGGCGGUCCUGAAGACACUGUUUUAUCGGGAUGCUGAGCCGGAGGACCAGAGAGAGACGGAGGGGGGACGUCAGACUCAGGCGGUGGAGAAAAAACAGAAGGUCAAAAGAACGCCUCGGACUCCCCUUGGAAGAGCUGGAGGAAGGAAGGAAGGAAGGAAGUCUGGGCAUCUCUGUUAAGACUGCUGCCCCCGCGACCCGGGAACGGAUAAGCGGCGGACGAUGGAUGGAUGGAUAUACUGUUUAUAUUUCGUAAUUAUAUGUUUUUUGCACUUUUUUUACCCUUUCCCUGCAUGUGUGUAUUGAGUGUACUGCUGCUGCACAAAGUGAAUUUCCCCAUUGAAGGAGAGAUAUAAAGGGCAAUCUUGUCUUAAUUUAUAUACCACAGCUUCUAUUCUAAACUUUAUCACAGCAUAUCAUUCCGCGUCAGGAAAGCAUGCAAAACAUAUCCAUGACAACUAACUGUAACAUAUUUUUGGACGGUUACAGCAGGUAGCAAAAAGUAGCUGGUGUUAAAGUUUAUUUUUUCAUUUUCGUUAACAAUUCAUUUGGCAUGUUCACGGUAAACUUUGAUCCCCGGGGAGGGCUAACAAUGGAUGAAUGGAUUGACGAGUGCCUGUCUCCAGAAAAAAAGACGAGCAAAAGACGACUUGUGGAGCUGGAGAAAUGGGACUCUUUUUUUCCACAGUGGGGAUAUUUUUACUGGAUCAUAUGUAUUUCUGAUUAAUUAAAAACUACAUAAAAUAGAUUGUGUAUUCCUCUUUCAUAUUUACAUUAUUGGUAACCGUUUUAUAAAAGCAAUACAUUACUUGACGUCGGGUCGGAGACACCCUUAGCUGUGUGAUUGUAUACCAUGGUCUGUCUUGAUGUAUUGCUUACAUAUUAAUAUUUGAUUUAUAUUAUAUAUAUUAAACUCUCCCACUCUGUUAAAAACGUCCUGUGUUUAUCUUCAUAUUUUCGUUUGGCCGUGCAUUUUUCCCUGCCAUU